AUGAAGAUACUAAAAAGCGAGAGGUUUGGGUGCAACUCGCUAACGCCCAAGCUCCUGGUUGUUAUUGGCGUGAUGGUUAUGGUGGUUAUGUAUAUAAUAGUGCUUACACCCUCUGCGGAGGUUGUCAAUGAAGUAGAAACAUCCGAAAGCGAGUUCCAGACGAAAACAUAUCUCAAUGCCUCACAAGAGGUCAGGGAGGAGCUGACAAUAAAGAGGGAGGACUUUGAGGGAUUUUACUUCACACUGAGGCUCAUAAAUCCCAUGAGAGACCGGGUCGUAAUGAUAGUGAACGGAACAAAGCUAAAGACGAUAGUGAGUAGCAAGUACAUAAUCCGCUUCAUUGACACCAUUGAAAGCGACGGCAAGUCGCCAUUCUACUUCAUUUUUUUUUCGUAUCUUACGGGGUCGCUAUAUUUUCCUGUUGGGACCGUCAACUUCGUCUCAAACUCCGAGGGGAUCUGGUACAACGGAGUCCUCUAUACAGGACACCCGUCGAUUUUCAGGAGAAUAUGCUUACUUCUGUCAAGAGACAUUAAAUAA